AUGGCCUGCUCCUCGCUCAACGCACUCAUCGCGCACGCCGCGCGCGCGUCCAGCGCCCCCGGCGGCCUCGACGCCGGCGUCAUGACCAUCCAGUACGCGACCCCGCUCAUCGCCGCCCUCCUCCUCCGCCUCAUCAAGCUGCGCGAGGCCCACCCCACCCUCUUCACCUUUGCCACCAAGGACGGCCUGGCCAACCUCGCCGCGGGUGUCGUGCGUGCCGGUGGCUCGCUCGGCGAGGCGCGUGUCAUCAUGCGCACGUUUGGCAUGCUGCCGAUGCUCGACUGGCUGCUCAAGCUGCACCCCAAGCCCAUUAGCGCGCUGAUCAAGUUCUUUGUUCGCCCCAGCCUGGCCAACCUCGACAUUAGGAACCCCAAGGUUCUCGACACGAUCCGUGUCUUGCUCCUCUCGGGCUUCUACCUUGGCGAGCACGUCGCCUGGCUCGGCACCAAGGGUGUGCUCCCCCUCUCGCCCGAGACCAUUGGCAAGGCCGCCGUCUUCUCGGUCCGCUCCUGGGCUGUCGACGUGGCCAUCACCGUCACCCGCCUCUCGCUCCAGUACAAGUCGCUCACGGCGCGCACCCGCGCCCUCAAGGCGUCGUCCAAGAAGACCGAGGGUUACGAGGUCGCCGCCAGCGACGAGAAGGCGGGCGACUCGUCGGCCGAGACGUCCGCCGCCGCCGCCCUCAAGGCCGAGUGGGCCACCUGGCAGCAGAACGCCAUGGUCAACUUUGGCUGGAUCCCGCUCACCAUCCACUGGUCCAAGCCCGGAGGUCUCUGGACCAACCCCCUCAUCACCGCCGUCAUUGGCUCGUACGUCGCGUACGCCAAGUCGUACGGCGUGUGGCAGCGUUCCGCCUAG